UCACGUGAUACCGGCAUGGCUGUGUUUGUGGAUUUGAACCUGAGGAAGGGCUCAGACACUAAAGCACUUAAAGGGCUUGUGGAGAAUGCAGCUCACCUUGGAUAUUCAACUGUUGCCAUUAAUCAUGUUGUGGAUUUUAAGGGAAAGAAGCAGGAAAUUGACAAACCAAUAGUUCCUUCUGAGCUCUUUUCCUUUUUACCUAUUGUACAGGGGAAAUCGAAACCAAUUAAAAUUUUAAGUAGACUGACACUUAUAGUAUCAGAUCCAUCACAAUGCAAUGUUCUGAGAGCAACAUCUUCUCCUGUCAAGCUAUAUGACAUUGUUGCAGUUUUUCCUAAGACAGAAAAACUUUUCCAUGUUGCUUGCACUAGUUUGGAUGUGGAUUUAGUAUGCAUAACAGUAACAGAGAAGUUGCCUUUUUACUUUAGAAGAUCUCCUAUUAAUGUGGCAAUUGAAUGAGGCACUGGGUUUGAUCUUACUUAUUCUUCUGCCAUUAAAGACUCCACGAUGAGGAGAUACACCAUUUCCAAUGCACUUAGUUUGAUGCAGAUCUGCAAAGGGAAGAAUGUAAUUGUAUCCAGUGGUGCAGAAAGGCCUUUAGAAAGAAGAGGACUGUAUGACAUAGCAAACUUAGGCUUGUUGUUUGGACUCUCUGAAAGUGAUGCCAAGGCAGCAGUAUCCACAAAUUGCAGGGCAAUACUUCUUCAUGGAGAAACCAGAAAGACUGCUUUUGGUAUUAUUUAUACAACAAAGAAGCCAAGAACAACUGAAGAGGAUGACAAUGUUCCAGCAUGCAAAAAAGCCAAAUGUGAGGACUGACAAAAAAGUGCCUUGACUUUCAUCAGCCCAUCAUUCUCCUUUCAUUGAUUGACACCAACAUUCAUGAAGAAAACACUUUACCUGGAUUCCUGCUUGAAUUUUAUCUUGGAAUUGAUCAUUUUAUAAACUUUUAUAUUACAGUUAGUAAAAAUAGGGAACAGACUAAUGAACCACCAGUAAUAACCUUAGAAUUGAUUAAUUUAGAUAAACUUAGUUUAAAUGAAAAAGAGAAUAAUACUAUUUUGUUCCUGCUUGCCAAGUAAGACAUUGUAAAGAACAUAGUUAACAAAAUGUUUUAAUUAAUUGAAAUGUCACCUUAUCUCAUCUUUCUGAGUUCAAAUCCAACCUCAGAUACUUACCAGCUCUGUGAUCCUGGGCAAGACACUUAAGUCUGCCUUGGUUUCCUUAUCUGUAAGAUGAACUGGAGAAGGAAAUGACAAACUACUCUAGUGUCUUUGCCAAGAAAACCCCAAAUGGGGUCACAAAGAGUCCCUAAACAAUAAAUCAGCAACUUAAUUUAUUUUUUCCAUAUUGCUACUCAAGAUAAAUAGUAUAGUUAGGGGAAUAUUAAAAUUUGCCCUUUGAGUAAAAUAGUUGUAAUAUUGAAUUUGAGGUAAACUUAUUCUUUUUCAGAAGGUGGAGCAUCUUCGUAGCUCAGUGGAUUGAGAGCCAGGUCUAGAGACGGAGGUCCUGGGUUCAAAUCUGGCCUCAGACAUUUCCCAGCUGUGUGACUC